AUGCCAAUUGUUAUCCAAUAUUGGAAAAACAAGGGGGUCAAAGCGUUGUUAAUGAUUACUUUGAAGGAAGGAGAGGAAAUUAAAGACGAUAAAGCGGCUGCAAAGGUUUUAAAAUUUGCUGAGGAAGAGCUGGGUGUAAGUAAAAUGGGAUGUGGCAUUCUGUUAUCUCAGAUAUUCAUCAUUUUUUGCAUUUUUUUAGGCAAAAGUAGAGUAUUUCCGCAACAAAACACUGAAAACUGGUCAAUUUGCGCAAACUUUGAGGAGUUUUGCCGGAGGCACUGAAUUCUCAAGGAAUUUGGAUCCGGAUAAAACGGUGUUUAUCACAAGCGAUGCAGAUUUCUUCCCAAAUGAUACAAGAAAUCACAUUCCAAAAGUGAGAAAAGGGAAGGAAAUCAUGUUUUACGACCAUGAGUGCUGUGGGCAUUUGAGAUUCCGCGGAGAAAGGCAUCGGAUGUACAUGAUGAUUACAAUUGGAAUGACGUUGAGGAAGUGGAGGGAAAUCAUAGGUAGGUAAUUAUUUUUCUAAUCUGCGCGUUUCCCCUUUCAUACGUCCUGGCUAAAUUUAUGAAGUCUCAGAAAACCAAGCAAGUAUUUUCAGGGAUCCCAGACCAUCCAAUUGACGGCUAUUGGGCGGAUUCUUAUGUGAAUAGCACCUUUUUGGGGGUGAUUCACAAAAAGAACAAAAAGUGGCAAUGGUUUUUGGAUCAGCGUUUCUUCAGCAUCAAGCUGAAAAGAUGGAGGGAUAAACAUCAAGAGGAGUGAGUUGUCAAUGGAAAAUAAAAUGGUGGUGCUUAAUUUUUCAGAUUCCAAAAUAUUGUAGAAUACUACCGCCGGCAAGGACAGCCUCGUCUAGAGCGAUUUGAUUGGCCGGCAGACGAUGUCUUGGCCAGGACAGAUGUCUGGAAGACCUAUGAAAGUGCUCAUAUUACUCCGGGGAUCUUCAUGGAUCAAGUUUGGGAGAAGAAUCUCAUUUUUUACAAUCGAAUCUUCCCUUCUGAUCAGGUUAAAAAGCUGACGGAAUAUAGAAAUAGUGUGGUGGAGGUGAUGAAUGUAACCGAAACUUUGAGAAGACAUUAUCAUCCAGAGCAGAAUAAGGCGUAUUGGAAAAAGACUUUCAAAAUAAAGAACAUGCUGGGCGAAGCAAGGGAGAGCGGGAAAAGAGAGGAUCAGAAAGAAGAAAACAUUGAAGAUGGGCGAAAACAUUGA